AUGCUGUUCAUGCCCCGUGCUGUACUUGUUUGUACAGACUUUCUCAAGAGCGAACUUGAUCCAUCCAAUGUUUGGGGAAUUUACAGAAUGGGUAUAGUAGAACAUCGAGGUCUCAUUUACAUUAUGGGUGGAUAUACGGACACUCACAACGCCGCCCUGCGUGAUCUUCUCUCAUACAAUCCUGUGACUGAGGAGUGGAAGAAUCUAGCACCAAUGCUAGGUGAACGAUGUGACACGAUAAGAGUUGCAGUUUUGAAUAACUUUCUGUACGUAGUAGGUGGUACUGAGUUUGAGGAAAUGGAAAGAUAUUCUUUUGAACAGGCGGUGACAUUAGAAAUGAUGAUGGACAGGAUGGGAAUAGUAGAACAUCGAGGUCUUAUUUACAUUAUUGGUGGAUAUACGUACACUUACAAUCCCCUGCAUGAUCUUCUCUCAUACAAUCCUGUGACUGGGGAGUGGAAGAAUCUAGCACCAAUGCUAGGUCCACCAUCUAAGACGAUAGGCGUUGCAGUUUUAGAUAACUUUUUUGGAUAUAUGGACUUUUACAACCCCAUGCAUGAUCUUCUCUCAUACAAUCCUGUAACUGGGGAGUGGAGAGCACUAGCAGGACGUGCUCCACCUCGCUACAACUACAUGGGUGUUGCAGUUUUGAAUAACUUUUUUGGACGUAUGGACUCUUAUAACCCCUUUCAUGAACUUCUCUCAUACAAUCCUGUAACUGGGGAGUGGAGAGAUCUAGCAGCACUGAGUGCUCCACCUCGCUACAACUACAUGGGUGUUGCAGUUUUGAAUAACUUUUUGUAUUUAGUGGGUGGUCUUUUUAAUGAAGAAGGGGAAAAAUCACUAGAAAGAUAUUCUUUUGAACAGAACGAAUGGUUUAAGUGUUCAUCAAUGAAUUUUUGGCGAAGUAUCCCAGCAGUUGUUGCCACAAAUUCUCUGUUAUAUAUCAUAGGUGGUCAUCGUCCCAAUGACCACCUUGAACUGAACCAAUGGUUUAAGUGUUCGUCUUCAGAGUAUUUGGGUCGAAGUAGCCCAGCAGUUGUUGUCACAAAUUCUCUGUUAUAUGUCAUAGGCGGUUACUGGAGUGGUUUGAAUGGAAUUGGAAUGGUAAGGAAAGAAGAAUAA